AUGGCGCUUAUCUGCCGCAAGGCUCCAACGCUACCGUCGACAAUGGCUACUGAGCAAGCUGCUGCUCCAAUAAUGAUCAACGAAGAUGGCCAGCGACGCAGUUUCAAGGGCUAUGCUUUCACACAGAUGGAAGAUAACAUGGGCAUUCAAGAAGAUAUAAUCAGACACAACCUCCCAAAGUCGAAAGAGUCCAGCUCCACUAGUGUCCACGAACCUGUUCCGACCGUUCUGUAUUCCUACGUCCACAAAGAGACGUAA